AUGAAUCGAUAUAUUAAUAUUUUCUCUUAACUGAAUGAAAAAUUACAGUAUAAUAGAAUUAUCUCUUCACAGUUUAAAUUCUGUUCAUAUAAACAAUUACCUGAACCAAUAGAAUUUAACAUUAAUGCUUUAAAUAUUAAUAAGAGUGACGUUUUUGUGAGUAUAUUUGUUGUUGAAUAGCUAAUAUUGUAAUUUUUCAGAUUUAAAAAGAAAGGAAUCAAAUAUAGUAUUGUGAAUUUCCCUCAAAUGAAUGUAUUUCUGAUAUAACAAUUUGGGAACCUAAUGUCAGUCGCCAUAUUCAUUAAAGAAGUUAAUCUAAAUAAAAGAAAGGACAGAAUUAAAUCUACAUAAUUGAUUAUUUGGAUGAAAUGGAAAUUAAAUUAACGAUAUCGAUACUAUUAAUUCUACUCUAAUACUCAAUUGAAGGAGGAGGGCAUGAUAAAUUGGUUUAUAUGAUGCAAUAAGAAAGAGGAGUAGAAUUAGUAUGUAAAUAUUAACAGAAAUUAAAAGUAAAAGUCCGUGUAAUGAUGAAUUAUGGGAUCAGA